CUUGUGUAGCUUCUUGUCACCUCUCCGGCGAAGGCUGCGGACAUGGGGCGCCUCGGCCCGGCGUGCUGGUGGAUCCUGGUCGUGAGCGUCACUUUGGUGAUUGCUUCUGAUAGAGUGGAAGAUAAAACAGUGAAACCAAAAGGAAGAACUUUCAUUCGUCAAAAUAUCAACACAAUCAAUAGCUCUGAAGAAGCAUAUGGUGUGGAUAGCUUUGCAGCCGGGAUCCUUACUGGGAAACUGACUACAGUUUUUCUGCCUGUGGUCUAUAUUCUGGUGUUCAUUGUUGGCUUACCAAGCAAUGCCAUGGCUCUGUGGGUCUUCUUGGUAAGAACCAAAACGAAGCAUCCGGCAGUGAUUUAUAUGGCUAACCUGGCACUGGCAGAUCUUCUUUUUGUGAUCUGGUUCCCCCUGAAGAUUGCAUACCACAUUAAUGGCAAUAACUGGAUCUUUGGUAAAGGCCUCUGCAGAGUACUGGUUGCGUUCUUCUAUGGAAACAUGUACUGCUCCAUUCUUUUUAUGACCUGCCUCAGUGUACAAAGGUACUGGGUAAUUGUGAACCCCAUUCUUCACUCAAGAAAGAAAUCAGACAUUGCUGUGGGGAUUUCAGUGGCAAUAUGGAUUCUAAUUUUUCUGGGUACCAUUCCGUUGUACAUUGUUGACCAAACAGUUUAUCUUAAUGACCUAAACAUCACAACUUGUCAUGACGUCUUGCCUUACAAGGUUGUGGCUGAGGACAUGUAUAAUUACUUCCUUUCCCUUGCAAUUGGGGUCUUCUUAUUCCCAGCUGUUCUUACAUCUGCUGCUUACAUUCUCAUGAUCAAGACUCUGAAUGCUUCCAUUACAGAUGUAAAUAUUGGGAAGAAACGGAAAAGAGCCAUCAAGCUCAUUAUUACAGUACUUUGCAUGUAUCUCAUCUGCUUUCUGCCUAGCAACAUCCUGCUUGUGGUGCACUACGCCCAGAUAAAAAACCAUCGCAUUGGCAACGUAUAUGCAUCCUACAUCACAGCACUGUGCUUGUCUACUUUAAACAGCUGCAUUGAUCCAUUCAUUUAUUAUUAUGUUUCAAAAGACUUCAGGGACAAUCUGAAAAAUGCUCUUCUCUGUAGAAGUGUGCGCAAGACAAGGAGGAUGCAAGUUUCCCUCUCUUCAAGCAGAUACGCACGGAAAUCCCCCCCUUAUUCAUCUAGUUCAAACACAACACAGUCGACCUACUAAGUAAAUAUAUAUGUGAGGAAGGCAAGAAAACCUCAGCAUGUUGGCAGAGAGACUUUUGCUUUUGGAAAUGGAACUCUAGGAAAGUUUUGUUCAUGCUAGAACUUGAUUACAAGUGGCAACUCGUGCUUUUUUUCUUUCUUAUGGAACUCAAGUGGCUUAUACUAGUAUGCUUGUUUUCAAAUGGAAAGAUAGGCAGUAGUCCUGAUGGAGGUGCUGUGCUUGAAAAAAUCAGAAGGGUUCUGGUUUUGCAGAGCAGUUAUGUGCCGAAGGACUUUGUGUGUUUGUGUUGAUAAGUGGACUAUUAUUAAUAUCCAAUACAUUGUAUCAGAAGUCUUGUCACUGAUCUGUUUAAUAGGUAAUUGGGUUGCCAGGUCCUCCUUGGCCACUGACAGGGGAUUUGGGGGGCGCUGUACCAGGUUUGCCAGAUCAAGGUUGGGAAACUCCUAGAGAUUUGGGAAUGGAACCCAAGGAGGGCAGGGACCUCAGUGCCAUAGAUUCCAGCCUCCAUUUUCUGCAGGGGAUCUUAUCUCUGUGGUCUGGAGAUGAGCUGUAAUUCCAAGGGAAUACCCACUUGGAGGCUGGCAACCCUAGAUAAACAGUCUUUAGCAUGGUACUGUUUGUUUAAUAACAGAUGAAGUCGUGUCCUGCAAAAUGUGUUUGCAGUAUGGAAACCAGUUGUUUUUAUGUUUGCCAAACCUAUCUUUUGCCAAUAUAGGAAUGUAUGAGAAAGACCAUGUUUUCUUCAUUUGCACUGAUUCACAUAUCCUAUUUUAUUUUUAACAUAUUUAAUAAGUAUUGGUUAUCCUGCAUGUAGCAUGUAAUGACAAGCUACUUCUGAAACUGUUUUGUAUUUCACCCUGAGCUCCUUUGAAGAACAGUAUAAAAUAUAUAAUGCAUUAUAUAUUUUAUACUGUUCUUCAAAGGAGCUCAGGGUGAAAUACAGGCAUCUGUUUUACCCUCACAACAUCCCUGUGAGUAGGUUAGGAUAAGAGAGAGCAAUUAGCCCAUGGUCACCCAAACAAUCUGAUAGCUGGGUAGGGAUUUUUGUGAUAUAAAUGUUUUUUAUUUUAUAUAUACAAACAUAGAAACGAACAGAAAAAGGUAGAAUAAGAUAGAAAUACCACAGUAAUUCAUUUAUACAUAUAAAAUCAUAUUUUGGCAAAUACCACUCUUGCUGCCAUCACCAUAUAUUUAAAUAGUUCAUUAUGAAUUUUUGAUACAUUAGAUGGUACUAUGUUUAAUAACAAUUUUUUUAUUCAUCAGGAAGUUGACUUUCAAUGUCUUUUGUAUUUCUUCAUGGAUCUUUAUCCAGUUUUUUAAUCUUUGUUACAAGGCCAUGAUAUAUAAUAUAAGGUUGGAUCUGUACUGCAUUUCCAGCAUCUGGCAUUGUGGCUCUUGUUUGCUUUUGCAAUUUCUUUGAGUAUGAUGUACCAUCUGAAGAACAUUUUAUACCAAUUGAUUUUGAUUUUUGAUGCCUAUGCUAUCAAGUCUUGGCUCAGUGCUAACCCCUACUUCACACAGGCUAUCGGUACUAAACACAUUGGUCUUGGUGAUGGCACUUUCUGUGCUAAAGUGGCAACUGUUCCUUUCAGAUUUGUCAUGUUAAAACUGUAUCCUGUAUAUUAAAUUAUUCUGAACUGA